CCAGCUUUAGACCAGAAACUUUAAAUAAACAAUAUCAGAUGAAGCUGGGACUGGAGUCACAAAAAAAAUAUACGAAAUAUUAUUAUUAAAACAUUUCUACGCCAUUUUUUCUGAGUUCAAUUACUUUAUCGUUUGAACUAUUCCAAUAUUCAUUUGAGAGCUGUUCGUCAGACAUUAGUGAUUAUCAAUUGUGCUUUAUAAUUGUUUAAAGACAUUAAUGAGCUGCAAUAGACGUAGGCAGUGGAGUCUCAUUCCUCGUUUGAUGUUGUAACAGGACGAUAUUUAACUCAACAAGCAACAUCUACAGAGAAACUAAUUGGGUCAGAGCGGAUUAAUUUAUAAAUGUUAUCGAGGAGGCACUUAUUAAAACGAAACGAAGAUUUAGAAACGGGCUUUGAAAAUGGAACAUAGAUUUUACUUAUAUGAUAUUAUAUUAAUGACUGAGACGUAACAUGCUAUAAUUAUUAUAUGUAUAUACAGAGUCAGUUAUUGUGAUAAGUUAUUUUAACGUCACUCGCACCACGCUCUCAGAGGCAACGUGAACUCAAGAUAGAUGCUACCAAUAACAGAUAUGGUUUUAUUUAUUAUCUCCGCACACUGAACGGUGUGUUUAAAUUAUCAAAGGUAAUACAAAUAACUCUUAGUGUCUGCUAUAGCGAAAAGUGAAUUAUAUUUUGCUAUCCUACCGUCAGUCCGGCUGUGUGUGGUGUGUCAGUUCACUGUUAACGUCUAGGAACAAACAAACAUACAGAUGUAAUGAAUACGAAAAGCUAAAUGUUAUGAGAGGUUAUGACUUAUGAUCUGGUUCAAUGAUUCAAAAGAUGUUUCAAGAUGCGAAUUUUUAAAAACCCAGUUCCAUAGGUAGGUCAGUAAAAUUUCGCCGAUUAUCAGAUAUAUAUGUGUGAAAGAAAUAUUAAUGACUUAUUAAAUAAAAUUUUUGGUGAUUUUGAUAUCAAAAAUAUGAUCAAAAAACGAGCUCCUGGCCAAAUAGCUGACUACGGACCGGUUUUCCUCCGUAUCAUACAUUAGCUGCUCUUCGGCAGUUUUAAUUUAAUGUUCAAUACUUAAUAUGCAAUGUACGUUAAAGUUGAGACGAUGCUGAGAUUGUAAAAGGUACAAAAUGUCCCAUGUGACGAUGGUAGCUGGAAUUGUUUUAUUUGGUGUUGUGAGCUGAGCGACUACUGUUUUUAAACAUAUUCGGUACUCGGUACUUAUAUUAACAUGAGGAUACCGCGGCCUCGCUCGCGCUGCGUUAUGUAAUCCAAUGUAACUACCAUAUUACAACAUCAUCAUAAUCAAUAUAUUCGCAGUGUUUACAUUUAACUUGUUGUUUAUUAUAAGUUCGACGGCCAUACAGUUAUAUGAGUGCGUCUGAUAAAUUACAUCUUAAACUCUCCUUUAAAAUGUGUACAUAUGACAUCAUAAUUGAUGUAUACAAUUUUUCUUAUAUAUGUAUCACAAUCCUUGGUUGACUGUGAGCGCCACUCGUGUCCUCGCACCCCUGCUAUAAACGAAUUCGUUAACCUCUCGAGUAGUUCAGAUCUUAACUUUAAUACAAAUUGCGUGCGUGGGUUUUGAUAUUUUUAUGCCUAUCUCUCUGCUCCGACACAACUCCUCGGGGCACAAUUAAAAAACAUCUGGAACUGUGACUCGGCACAGUCCGAGAGAUCAUUAUCAAUACCUCCAUACAAUCAUAGCUCAUUUGCUAUAAUUUUAUAACCACUGCCAUCAAAACUAAAAAUAGCAGCUAAUUAGAUCCGACCGUUCGUUGAUCGAUUACUAUCAAGUUGGCCAUAUUUAUGUUUUGUGUAUUUGUCGCUAUAUAUACAUAUACAAACAUCUUCUCCCUCCAGGCCGCGUGUUAAAAAUAAAAUAAUAUCAAAACAGCAAUUAUCACAAGCCGACACCUCUCCGUAACGAAUCACUAAACUCCGCGGAGGAUCCCUGCAGCAUCACUUAUUGAAUGGAAUGUCAGUGUUCACCUCGUGGCUGCAGAUGUAUCAUUACACUUUAUUCGACUACUUUAUUCUUCCCCGGCUCCGUUCCCUUUCUGUAUGAUAAUUGAUUUUUAAUAGACCUCAGGAGUAGCUCGUAGCAGCUCGGGCUCUCGCUUGUUAUGAUAUGUCCCGAUGCGGCUUUAAUUGAAAUUAUUCUCUAUGAUUGUUGAUAGUUUUAUAUUAUGGAUAUUAAUAGAGCAGGCUGGUUCCGUUUAAUUAUACAACGAUACGAUAAAGUUUAAUUUUAAAUAAAAUUUAUUAUAUGAGACAUUAAGGAGGCUUAGUUUACGACUUAUAAAUGUAAAAUAUGAAAUCGCCUACAUUAAGGCAGCGAUGAAUUCCCGUAGCAUGUGUUUUGUGCGGUCGGCGGCUAAAUAACGUUUUUUAUGUUUAAUUUACGGCGGAGACGUUUUAUAAAGAAAGAGACUCGAAUUUACGGACAAUAAAAUAACGAUACAGUAAACUUGCCUCGAGCUGACUUAACAACCAUUUGAUAUACAAUGAGCUCCACGAGCUAAUUAAAUUCGCUGAGUGAAAUAUAUCAAUUGCCGCAUCAAACACAGAAAAACGAAAGUUUGUGUUCUUAUUAAUAAAAGGUUAUUUAUCAUGAUGACUGUAUCUCGGACGAUUGCGACAUACCGUGUGUUAUAUUGAUAUUAGAUACUCUUAGAACAGAUAACAGAUAGUAAAGGGAAAAUAAUUUUAAAUGAAGCGGUAAAUCACAUAGCGGGAACAGAACACGGAUCAUAAAUAAAAGGGAAGCGAUCGCGGGAGAGCGCGGAACUAUGCUUAAUGGCUGCGUUCAACUACCACAGACCUGUUCUAGGUUUAAACGAAAAUGAACCUUAAAACCAUCGAAUAUGAGUUAGGAGUCAGAAACCCGGCGGAACCAAAGGAACCGAACCAACCUAUUGAGAAUUACAAACAGAUUGUAACGUUAUAUAAGUGUCAAAGUCAUAAACACAAAGAAUAGUAAAAUAAAUGUGACUGUUACAGUGUGAUAUCACAGUGACCGUCGCAAACACAAGGCUUAGGUUAGUGUUCAGAGAAACUAGAAAAAAUGGCGACUACCGCCACGAGACAUGUGAAGUCAUCCAACUCCGCGAACAUUCUGAUGUGCAAACAAUGGUGGAAAGUGUGUUGGAUGUACGGAGACCAGGAGAAGUAUUACAGACAACUGUAUGGAAGAAGGAAAAUUAAUAAUCCGACGAUGUACUUCGACGAUGCCAAAAGUGAGGGAGCGAGGGUCACGGAACUCACGGACGACUUCUUCGAAGACAACUACAGCAACCAGAUGGAACCGGCUCCGGACGAGAGAUGUAAGGACAAACGCUGGUUCGGCGUCGAAUCAGAACCCAUAUACGGCUUUAACAGAACGUGGCACAGAGACCAAAGACGACAACCAAUACAUAACUACGACCAGAACGAACUGGAAAGUAACAUAGGGAGUGGAGAUUGUGAGACGGGAAACGACAAGCCUGCAAGUAGAAAAGAUAUAGGAGGACACAGUGAUGGAGCAGAGGGGAACACGAAGAGUGCUGCUAGUAAAAGAAGCGGAAGAAGCUUGACGAAAGGCAUGAGGAAGAGUGAGGCGUCUGAGUUACCGAACGAUGGAAAGACCUUCCCCUCGAAGAUCCAAAGACCAGUCAAAUCAGGGAGGAAGUUGGAAGACAUUCUGCAGCCGCUCCAGGAAGAGGAUUUGAGGGAGAACUCGAGGAAGAGUCCUAAGCAGCAGACAGAGAAGUGUUGUAAUGAACCAGUCUGCAGAAACUGUGUGGUGUCACCGACUGGGUCGUCACCACCGCCGCUACACGAGCACUCGUCUCCGCCCCCACCGGCGCCGGCCUCACCGCAACUUCCAUCUCCACAGCCGAGCCAUAGCGGCUCAUCUAUCCCCAGUACUUCGAACUCUCCUCACCCAUACUCCUAUCCUAACUUUAGAAGAAGUCAACCGUACCAGGAAUACAAUCUGCUCCACAGUCAUAGUGGCUCCCAACUGAACCAGCCGCCCCCGAGUUACCAUUCCCCCCAGUCUCCCCAAUCUGCAAUGUCUCUAUCUCCACACCCCGUCCCUCAAGGAAAACUCAGAGGACUAUUGGAACAUGCCGAGCGACUGAUGAAGCCCGUCGACCCUCACAGACAUUCGCAGAGUGACGACGACUCAGGAUGCGCACUGGAGGAAUACACAUGGGUUCCCCCUGGACUGAGACCGGAACAGGUGCAUCUGUAUUUCUCAGCGCUGGCCGAGGACAAGGUGCCGUACGUGAACAGUGUGGGAGAGAGGUACAGGCUGAAACAACUCCUGCAACAGCUGCCUCCGCAGGAUAACGAGGUCCGCUACUGCCACUCUCUGUCUGACGAGGAACGCAAGGAGCUGAGACUGUUCAGCGCCCAGAGGAAGAGGGAGGCGCUGGGGAGAGGUCAGGCGAGGCAGCUCCACGCGCCUGCACCCUGCGACAGGUGCGAGGAGACCAUGUCUUCAGGUGACAUGUGUGUAUCGGCGGCCCGAGCCGGUCCUUCGGCGAGGUGGCAUCCCUCCUGCUUCGUGUGCAGCACCUGCCAGGAGCUGCUGGUGGACCUGGUGUACUUCUGGAAAGACGGACGACUAUACUGUGGACGGCAUCACGCUGAAACACUAAAACCCAGAUGUUCUGCCUGCGAUGAGAUAAUAUUGGCUGAUGAGUGCACGGAAGCUGAGGGUCGAGCGUGGCAUAUGAAACACUUCGCGUGUCAGGAAUGUUCACGGCAACUGGGCGGACAGCGGUACAUCAUGAGGGAAGCCAGGCCGUACUGCCUGCCUUGCUUCGACAAUUGCUUCGCCGAAUACUGCGACGCCUGCGGAGAGCCCAUCGGCGUAGAUCAAGGUCAGAUGUCUCAUGAGGGCCAGCACUGGCACGCCACCGAGCGGUGCUUCGCAUGUCAUACGUGUAGAGCCAGUCUUCUCGGGCGUCCGUUCUUACCUCGCAAGGGAGCUAUAUUUUGUUCUAUAGCCUGCUCCAAAGGCGAACCACCAACGCCGUCAGAUUCGUCAGGUCCUGGACCGAGACCACCACGCGUGCCAAGGCCAAGAAGAUUGCCUUCGCCGAAAUCACCAGAGAGAACUCCACCGAGGGAAGCCUCUCCCAACAUAGAUGCAGAUUCGGAACCGAGCGCCUCUCUCGCCACUGAAUCACCGCCGCCCCACCCUCCGCCGCCGCCACAUCCUUGCCUGAGCUUAGACAGAGCGUUGGCUGACUUAAAGUUAGAACAAUCGAUAACCGAGCACCAAAUACCACCGACGCCAACCUCAGAUGAAGUCCAAGAGGCCCCGGAAUCCAAUUGGAAACCACCUCAUCCUGUGGAAGCUCAAACGGUUAUAACACCCGGACACUCUACGUCAAUGCCCGAAUUGACGCUCGUAGAUGGUAGGAGUCAGAAAAAGCCCCGAGGAGGCCGAACAGUUCGAUUUUGUGGUGACGACAACGAAGCCUUCGAACCUGAUGAACCUGAACGGAAAGACAAAAGUAAAGCAAGAGAUGACGACGCCAGCAGUUACUGUAGCACGUGUUCUUCAUCUUCCUCGUCCACCGAAUCAUACACUCUGCCUACUAGAAGAGCGUACGGCGGAGUCAGGAUAUCGUACGUGCCAAACGACGCCGUCGCUUGCGCAAAGAGGGAACGACAGAGAAAGAACAAUCAACCAGAUAAGAAUUGUAUCAUCUCGUGAUCCUUGCUGUUCACAGCGCCAUAUCCCUCCUAGAGACACCAACCUCCGAGUGAAAGACUGAAUUUCGAUAGUUUUAUAGCCCCUACACGCCAUAGUAUUAUAAUAGUGUAAGCAAACUGUCUUCCUUGGAUGAAGGGUACAUGUGAUGAAUUAUAAAGCAUUCGUAAUGUCUUGACACGCAGUCGAGCAGACAGCUUCCAAUAUAAAAGGUCUUUAAAUGAGAUUUCCAACACAUUAAUUUCGCCUCACGGUUUAUUUAAUCCCUUAACGCGUGUCUCAUUUAAUAAUGCACAGCUUUUUCGCUGAUUUCGAAAGUAUUAUAUAUUUUUGUGUAUGUGAAUGUCUAAGAAGGAUUCUUGGUCGUCGGAUCGAUAAAGCUUUAAUACAUGUAAAGGCUUAAUUUAACAACAUAUCUAUAAUUUGCGUAUUGUCAUAUCGUUUGUGAAACGUUUAAUUUCAAACAUAUCUCACAUCGCCACGUAGUUAAGGAUUCGUGUAAGAGUUUGUAAAGGAGACAUGAGUACAAAAUUGCCUUACUUAUAUAACAUUGUAAUGUGUGUUCAAAAUGUACAUACGACAUUAGAUAGCUGUAAGGUUGCCUUCCUCUGAAAUGUUAUACUGAAUACAUGUAUAUUUGUAUGAGCGAUUAAUAUAAAACGAAAAAUAAUAUGACUGUAUGUUUGUCUGUGAGCUCUUCGAAUGAUAUUAUAUAUGAAUUUGUUUUUGAGAUUAUUUUGUGUAUUUGUUUAAUAUUUGUGUAGUUCUUAGUAACGGACAAAUAAAAAUUGAUGAAUGCAAACCGUGUCAUAGUUUAUAGACUUGUUAUUUUGACAUGAUGAGACUACUACAAUAAUUCUAACAGCGAUCCUUUGUAAUAUUUGUCGUAUUUCUAAAUUAUUUGUAUCUUUGAGAAUAAAAAGUUUUUCUUUUAUAAAA